AUGGAUCAGCUGGACCGGUUAGAUGAAUUGCCUACUGUUGAUGAUGUAUUGAAGCGCAAUUAUGAAGAGUACCAAAACUAUUCCGUCGACUUUUUACAGUACAAAGAAUUCUGUCAGUAUGGCUUGGCAGAAACCAUAACAAAAGUCUAUGAUUGGUGUUCCCAUCUUCAGUGUUUAAGUCCCUUUGAUCCAUGUGUUCCGUUGAGUGAUGUAGAAUUUAAAAAUAAGCAGAUCGAACUCGUUCAGGUUGUCCCAACCAGUUACAACAACACCAGCGGCAACAACAGCAUCGGCAGCAACAACACCAACACUGAUAAUAAUAAUCUUAUCAGUUCACUAAUCAAUGAAACCAUGACAAACACAUCAUCUCUUUCAACCUAUGAUUAUAUGCAACAGAUUAGUAAUAAUUUAACUGGGUGUUAUGAUGAUUUCAUCUGUGAUAAACAAUACAACAGUUAUCCUAAUUAUUGUAUUCUAGGCGUGGUAUGCUUCACGCUAUGCUUAUGCGGAAUUAUAAGCAAUUUAAUUCUACUGCCAGCGUAUAAUUUCGGAUUAAAUCGGUCUGGUGCAACGGUUUAUCUAAGUGCAAUGGUACUAUUCGAUUGUAUUUAUAUGAUAUUCACACUAUUAAUCUAUGUGAUUCAUUAUAUACCAUCAUCGUUUAUUGAACAAAUGGAAAUGUAUGGACAAUUUUCAGGAUAUUUAAUACCAUGGGGUUUGCCUAUCUUACAGAUAUGUGAAUUAUUAGUGGUUUGGCUAACCAUUGCACUACUUGUCAAUCGUUUACUCUAUUUAAAUUUUGGUCCACAUUCAAAAGCUUUAUGCUCACAAAUUGAAUCAGUGAAAAUUAUCACAGCAAUCUUUCUUCUAUGCAUCACUUAUAUGGGAUGUAAAUUUUUUGAAUAUAGAUACGUGGAAUACUCAGAGAAGAAGGUUGUACGUGUUCUCCUGACAGAUCUUGGUAAAAUGGAAAUGUUUCGUGAUAUAAUGGACAAUUGGUUAAAAGUACCCCUUGAAAUGUUUCUACCUUAUUUAGCCUGUGGAUUAUUAAUCACAAUCAUUGUACUGAAAAUGGUGAAUUUAAAUACAUCAAAAUGGAAAGCUGUUGCCAGUCUAUGCACUGAUACAGCCUGUGCAUGUGUUUGUCGUGCUGGUGUGUGUGGUAAAGAAUGUCGUGAAGGUGUUAAAUCCUCUGAUAAUCCAUCAAAAUCAUGGUCAUCAUCUGUUGAUGAUGAUGGUGACGCUGACGCGGUUGAUUUCAACAUUCCUGAUGAAAAGGCAAAUCAAUCUGUUCAUAAUAAUAAUACAACAACAACAACAACAAUCCCAAAACACUCCCCUUAUCAUCAUCAGCAUCACCCGACUAAAGGUGGUGGUGGUGGUGGUGAUAAUAAUAUCGCCUGCUUAGAUCCUAUUGAACAAGAAUUAGCCUACCUGUUUUUUCAAUUACCACAAAUUGAUGAAACACGUGAAAAUGCUAAUGUCAUUACCGCAGUCUGUAUUGGUUUAAUUCUCCUUAUCUGUAAAAUACCGAAAUUCUUAUUACAUGUUUUAUCCACUGAAAAUUAUAUCACAUAUGACCCUGAAGUAUUUCGAAUGAUUAAUCAACUACUGGAUACAAUGUUUGCUGCUUGUAAACCUGUCGUUUGUAUCCUAGUCGGUGCACAUUAUCGUCAAGCAUUGACUACACCAUCAUCGAAAUGUUGUCCAAUGCCGCCACCACCACAUCGUGA